AUGCGUGCACAGAGCCUCGACGUGGAGGGCAACUACGCCAAAGCCGAGUCCUUUAUCCGCUCAGCUGCGGCGCAGGGCGCGCAGCUCGCCGUCCUCCCCGAGUACCACGUCCAGGGCUGGGUCGGCGACCGCGCCGCGCUGCUGCGGUGCGCGCAGCAGUCGCCCGCCAUCCUCGCGCGGUACCAGGCCCUGGCGCGGGAGCUGCGUCUGUGCAUCGUGCCCGGCACGCUCCUCGAGGACCUCUCCCACCCUUCCGACGCCGCCGACGAGCCGCCCCUCGCCAACGUGGCCUACUUUCUCGGCCCCGACGGCGCCGUCUGCGGGCGCUACCACAAGCGCAACCUGUGGCACCCGGAGAAGCCGCUGCUGCGCGCGCCGACGGCGGCGGCCGCGCCGCACCACAUUGCCUUUGACACGCCGCUCGGCGUCCGCGCCGGCAUGCUCAUCUGCUGGGACCUGAGCUUUCCCGAGGCAUUUCGCGCGCUGGCCGCCGACGGCGCGCGGCUGAUUGUGGUGCCCUCGUUUUGGGUCGCGCGCGACGUGGACGAGCCGGUGAAUGCGGUGAAUCCGCACGCGGAGCGGCUGUUUCUGGACACCAUGUGCGUGGCGCGCGCGUUUGAGAACUCGUGCGCGAUUGUGUAUGUGAAUUGCGGCGGCGCGGCGGCAGAGGAAGAAGAGGAAGAUGGGGUGGUGGAGGAGGGGUAUGAUAAAGAAGGGAGGGAGCAUGCGGGUGUGUCCCAGGCGGCGAUGCCGAUGCUCGGUGCGGUGGGGAGGCUGGGACAUGGAAAAGAGGACAUGAGCGUCGUGGAGCUGGAUCUGGACUUGCUCGAGGUGGCGGAAAAGGCGUACAGGCCGAGAGAUGACAUGGAGAAGCGAGGGUGGAAGUACGAUGCGGACGUGAGUGGCAUUUGGAGAAUGCAGGAAUUGUAA